AUGGACCAAAGAGAAAUACUGCAGAAGUUCCUGCAUGAGGCCCAAGAUAAGAAAAUUAAGAAAGAGGAGUUUGCCAAUGAAUUUCUGAAGCUGAAAAGGCAAUCUACCAAGUACAAGACAGACAAAACCUAUCCUACAACUGUGGCUGAGAGGCCCAAGAAUAUCAAGAAAAACAGAUAUAAAGAUAUCUUGCCCUAUGAUCAUAGCCGGGUAGAGCUGUCCCUGAUAACCUCUGAUGAGGAUUCCAGUUACAUCAAUGCCAACUUCAUUAAGGGAGUUUAUGGACCCAAAGCUUAUAUUGCUACCCAGGGUCCUUUGCCUACAACUCUACUGGACUUCUGGAGGAUGAUUUGGGAAUGCAAUGUCCUUAUCAUUGUGAUGGCAUGCAUGGAGUUUGAAAUGGGAAAGAAAAAGUGUGAACGCUACUGGGCUGAGCCAGGAAAGGAGGAACUGCAAGUUGGCCCUUUCUCCAUAUCCUGUGAAGCUGAUAAAAGAAAGUCUGAUUACAUAAUCAGGACUCUAAAAGCCAAGUUCAAUAAUGAAACACGAAUAAUCUACCAGUUUCAUUAUAAGAAUUGGCCAGAUCAUGAUGUGCCUUCAUCUGCAGACCCUAUUCUUGAGCUCAUCUGGGAUGUGCGUUGUUACCAGGAAGAUGACAGUGUCCCCAUAUGCAUUCACUGCAGUGCUGGGUGUGGAAGAACUGGUGUUAUUUGUGCUAUUGAUUAUAUAUGGAUGUUGCUAAAAGAUGGGAUAAUUCCCGAGAACUUCAAUAUUUUUAGUUUGAUCCAGGAAAUGCGAACACAGAGGCCUUCAUUGGUUCAAACUCAGGAACAGUAUGAGCUGGUCUACAGUGCUGUAGUAGAGCUAUUUAAAAGACAGAUGGAUAUUUUCAGAGAUACACACUCUGGAGCAAAGAGUCAAGCAAAGCAUUCAGUUCCGGAGCAAAAUUCCACUCUAGAAGUAGAUCCUUACUCUCUUAGCUUACCAAAAAGCUCCAUAAAAGAAGCUACGACAGUGAACCAACAGAACAAACAAAGGACAAAGGUGGAAAAAACAGAGGCGUCUUCCUUUGACUUUAGGACUUCUGAAAUAAGUGAAAGAGAAGAACUUGUUUUGCACCCUGCUAAACAGAGCACUUCUUUUGACUUUUUGGAGUUAAACUGUGGUUGUAACAAAAAUGUCGACAGAGCCAUGAAAUGGGAGCCAAAGUCAUUUUCAGUGGCCGGGGAGCCUCUUCAAAAGCAUCAAAGUUUGGACUUGAGCUCCAUUUUGUUUGGGGCGUGUCCUAAUUCAGAACCUAGAAAUACAGCAGGAAGACAUUUCAACCCAAAACAGCCAAUAAUACGGACCAAAUCAACUCCCUUUGAAUUGAUACAGCAUAGAGAAACAAAGGAGUUGGACAGCGAGGAAAAUUUUUCUUUUUUGGAAUCUCAACCACACGAUUCUUGUAUUACGGAGUUGCAGGCUCCAAAACUGACACGUGUGUCUUCAGAAGAACUGAAUUAUUCACUGCACUAUGACCCCAAGCACCAAAUAUGUAAUGCCUCUAAUGUAAAACGGCAUGACCCUAGUGAUUUUAGUGUGUAUCCUCACAUGUCUUUAGUAGAAGAUUCUUAUUUUUCACCAUCGCCUCCAGGUAGUUUUGGUUCUAAGAUGUCUCUUGAUUUACCUGAGAAGCAGGAUGGAGCUGUUUCCCCUUGUUCUCUGUUGCCAACAUCCUCUACAACCUUCUUCUCUUACUCAGAUUCACAUGAUUCUUUAGCACGCAAUCCAAUGACUUUUCCCCCACCGCUGAGCCAAGAGACAGUAGUAGUGGCAACCUCUCCAAAGAUAGAUGAUGAAAUUCCCCCUCCCCUGCCUGAACGGACACCUGAAUCUUUUAUUGUGGUCGAGGAAGCUGGAGAAUUCUCACCUAGUGCUCCCAAGCCCUUAUCUUCAGUUGUGAAGGUAAAAAUGGGAACAUCACUGGAAUGGAGUGGAGCAUCAGAAUCAAAGGAAUUUGACGACUCUGUGAGACUUAGACCAAGCAAGAGUGUAAAACUUCGUAGUUCCACCUCAGAUUCACAUCAAGAUCGUUCUUCCCCACCACCUCCACUCCCAGAAAGAACCCUAGAGUCCUUCUUGCUUGCUGAUGAAGAAUGUAUGCAGGUUCAAUCUGUAGAAAGUUAUUCUACCAAAUGUCCUGACACCAUGGAAAAUGCAACUUCUUCAAAACAGAUAUUUAAGACUCCUGGAAAGAGUUUCACAAGGAGUAAGAGUUUGAAGAUUUUACGAAAUAUGAAAAAAAGUCUCUGUAAUUCUUCCCCACCAAGCAAACCUGCAGAAUCUGUUCAGUCAAAUAACUCCAGCUCCUUUCUGAAUUUUGGUUUUGCAAAUCGUUUUUCAAAACCCAAAGGACCAAGGAACCCACCACCAACUUGGAAUAUUUAA